AUGAAGCCAACUAAAAAAGCUGUACAAGAAAUCUCUUCUAAAAUCCCUUAUGCGACUUCAAUUGCUCACUAUUACAAUCCUUCUAACAAUUUUUUAACUCUUAAUCAUUGAUUGAAUCAAUCGCCAUCUUUAGAUUAAGGAUUCGGGAAAAAAAAUGUAAAUGGUAAAAUUUUAAUGUAAAAACUUUUCUUUAUAAAACAUUUUAUGCUCUAGUUGCAAGAGAUAGAUUAUGAAAUAUAUUAUAAAAUAUACAAUAAAUGUAUUAGAAUUAAUAGUGAUUAUAUGGCAUAAUCUAAUAUUAAUUAAUGGCAAAGAUAGGCAGUUAGAUUUGAGACAGCUAUAUGCUUGACUAUAUGCAAAUUGAUCAAGAAUAGGGGUCAAAUUUUUUAAUUUAGAAAAUUUUCAAUGAUGUCGUACAAUAGAGGAUGAGGAGAGUAAAGCGAUUUGCUUGGAACAUUCUUACAAGAUAUUACAUAACCCAGAUCAAAGGCACAUUUUUGGAUUUUGAUAAGAAAAGCUUUACAAAUCAGGCAAAAGAUAUAUACACAGGUGCAUAUAAAGCCUUAUACAAAGGAGAUAAAACAGAUCUCAAUAAAAUGAUGACUCACCCAAAUUAUGAAUGCCUCAAAUAUUGCCAAAAGCUCAAUACCAACCCUCCAUUUACCAUAUAUCCUGAAGUCAAGUCAGCCAAACUGGUUCAGGCAUAUAUCUUAAUCUUAACAUUAAUCUUAAUUAACAGACAGGUAGAGUGCCAUAAUUUUGAUGCAAUCACCGAGAUCUCCUAGGAGAUUCUUCCGCUUUGCGAUCGGGCUUAUCACAAGGACCAGCCAUAGUCUCCUCCUUGCCUUGCGGCUCCAGUUUUGAGUGGUCGGUCUACGGACUUGUGCAGCCUUGCUUGAGGCUGUAAGUGUACGAAGUUGAGGUUCAAAAAUCCCAAAAAAUGGAAUUUCUGAUGACAUCUCGGGCAAAAAAGAAAAAUCCGGAUCCUGGGGCGUAACCCUCAGUUCACGCUAGCAGAUGUCCGAUUGGUCUAUGUGUUCCCUGUAGACCUUUCUGAGCAUGCCCUUUCCAAAUUCGAACCUCCCUUUCCUUCGAGGUAUGCUCUAAGGAAGUCGGCGUAGCAGACCGCGAAGCGCUGUGACACCAUAUUUAAUUAUGGUUCAGACAUACAUCACUUCUGAAAAAGGUGACAAUAUCAGUAUUAACAACUUCGCACACAUCACUGUGAAAAUGACUUGUGAAGAUGAAAAUGGAAAUCAAAUCACUCAAAUUAAUGUUUUCGAAAGGAGGCUCGAUUCUACAAAUAAGAUGCCAUGGAGAAUCGCAAUAAUUGAAGAUUAUAACAAAUAA